AUGGCUGAGGAUUUCGUGGCCAAUGAUGCAGCGCUCGCCAAAGGCACCGCUGUCGCCACGGAAGAGGCCUUGGCCUUGGCUCAGGCCUUGGGCACGGACGCGGACAGCAAAGAGCCUUUGAAGGAGAUGCAGGAGGAGAGGCCCAACUCAAGCAGAACUCCGUCUGUUUCUUCCCGGCAGUCCAUCCACGUUGCUGUGCCUUCCAACGUCAGACCUGGGGAGAAGUUUUUUGUAGUGGUGGACGACAUGGAAUAUGAGGUGAUGGCGCCGGAAGAUUGUAUGCCUGGCGAGAUGAUUGCAAUGGAUAUCAUGUCAGAUCUGCGCUACUGGGAAGAUGCACCUGCGGUUAUUGUGUAUCCUGACCCCGAUGGAGGCGACCGGCCCGGGCCAAAUUUGAAUGAAUCCAAAGAGUACGAGGCUUCUGUGGCCGAGUCGGUUGCCACGGACGCCAGCAUCGUACAGAUUACUGUGCCGGACGAGUGCAAAGCAGGAGACACCUUCUUCGCCGCAGUCAAUGGCUUAGAGUAUGAGAUUCUUGUGCCCAAAGGCAGCAAAUCUGGAGACGUGAUCACCCUGGAGGUACCAUCAAAACACGCAGUUGGAAAGUUUGCUGUGCCAGCGCCUGCCGCUGAUGUGCCGUCUAUUCUCGUGCGAGAUGCUAUGGCUAGCCAGGGCUCCAGCGAGACGGACAUUUUUGCAGAAAUUUCCGUUCCGGAGAAUACAUACCCUGGUCAAACCUUCGUGGCUGUCAUCGACAACAUGGAGUUCGAAGUUCCUGUACCGGACGGCUACGGUCCUGGAGACCGAAUGACGCUUCAGGUACCUUCACGUGGCUUCAUGCCGAGGCCUCUGCCGUCUGAGCUGCGGGAAAUGCGCCAAGAGCUCCAAGAAGUGCGUCAAGAGCUGCAAGCUGUCCGGCAAGUGCAGAUGUCUCAAAAGAGAGCUGAAGAGGCAACGCAACAUGUGUCCAAAUCCUCCGGCGACUCAAACUUUAUCGAGAUAUUCAUUCCACCGGACUGCUACGCAGGAGAUGUCUUUGUUGUUGAAGUGGAUGACGUUGAGUUCGAGAUGGUUGUCCCGGAAGGGUGCACGCCGGGUGAGGUGAUUUACAUGGAUGUGCGAGAGGGUGCUGGAUACCCAGCCAAAGAGUUGAGCAGCAAGCAGAAGAGCAGCUCAAGACCCGCCUCAGCCGUCAAGAAGAAGAUCCUGCAGGAGCUUGCAAAAGAGCAGCUUGCUCGCGAAGCCGCUGCCGCCGCUGCCGCGAUCUUGGAAAUCACGAUUCCGGAUGAUUGCUAUCCAGGCGACGUUUUUGUCAUCGAGGUGAAUGGCUUAGACAUCGAGCUGGUCGUGCCAAACGAGUGCCAACCUGGUGAAGUCAUCUACAUGGACUUGCUCCCAGAAGGACGCGUCACCAACUCUCGGCCUGCGUCGGGCACCACAGCUACGGAUAAAUCGAUGCUUGGCCAGUCAUCGUGGAGUCAUUUCCGACUUCCUUCUGGAACGGACCACUCGUGUUUGCCUUUUCAGGCCAUGGCUGAGGAGCCAUCAGAACCGGAGCCUUCAGGGACUGAGCCGGUGCCGGAGCCGGAAGCGCAGGAAGAGACCCAGGCGACAGGCCCGGCUCAGCCGGCUCCGGAAGCCGCUGCCGCCGCUGCCACUCCCCCCGCUCCAGCGGAGGGCCGAACAGCUUCGGGGUCCAUUGCAGAGACUGAGGAGGACCUGGUCGAAAUUGUGGUCCCUGAAGACUGUGCUCCGGGUGACAAAUUCGUUGCUGUCUUCGAAAUGGAGUUGAAAGUCCCAGAAGGCUGCGAGGGUGGCGACGUCCUAGUGGCUGCUAUGCCUCAUGCCAUACCGGAAGCGGAGUUGGACACCACGGGAUCUACCUCAGCACUUGGUAAAACCUUAGAGGCCAUGGGAUGGACAAAAGAGAUCGAGAAUCUGAAGCAAGAAAUGGAAAAUUUGAAGCAGGAACGCCUCAAGCAACUACCAGAGCCAGAAGUGCAACCAUCUGCAAAAGAGGAGAAUGACAUCCAGAGCUUGAAGAAAGAAAUUCAUCACCUAAAGGAGGAGCACGCAAGGCUCCUGGCGCAGUCACUGCACGCAGCCAACAAGCAGCAGAUGGAGCGAGUCGACGUGAAGGAGAAAAUGACCAAAGAAAUGGCAACUUUGCGAAGGGAAGUCCGAAAGCUGAAACAGGCCAUCAAGGAACCACCUCCGAGCAUCAUGAACCUAUUGGGAGCGCAGGCAGCCGAAAUACCCGUCCUGGACAUGCAUUUCAAGCUUGAUGGGGAGCUGUCAUCCUUUGACGAAGCAGACUUUACAAACUCUUUGGCGGAAACGUUGGGAGUCAACAAGUCCCUCAUCCAGAUACGCCUUUCCCCUGGCUCCGUCAUAGUGGAUGCGAGCAUCUCAGUGAGUGACAGUUCCGUAUUGCAUCGGGCUGAGGAGGUAUUGCGGCUAGAGAAAGAUGAGUUGUCACGGCGCCUGGGAAGCACCGUGCUGGAGCCACCUCGCUUCGUGCUGAUGGCCCAGGGCCCCCAACUGGGCAAGGCUGCUCCCUUUCAUUCUGCAACGCUGAGUGCGAGAGUUGUUGUCCUAGCCAACGAGACUUGGAAGGAGAAGUCGUUGAGCAAUGAGACACCACGCUCCUCGGGUGUCGAUGUCGUGGACGUUACGAUCCCAGACGGCAUCCAUGCCGGCGAUGUUUUCUAUGCCGAGGUGCCAGAUGACCUGUUGUUUGCUGCCGAACUGAGCCUCAGCUCUCUCCAGGUGAACGGUGUGGAGUUCAAGGUUGUCGUGCCCGAGAACUGCGGGCCUGGUAAGAUCAUCGAGAUGGAGGUUCCAUCAUCACUCACGCAGGAAGGCCUCGGGCCAGUGACCAGCCGUUCCAGCUCCUACGAGGCGCAGGAGCCACUUUCAGAGAUUGUUGAAGUGGUCAUUCCUCCUGGUGCAUGUGCCGCGGGCGGGUUCAUCGCGACGCUUCACGGGAAGGACUAUGAAAUCUCUGUUCCAGAGGGUGGGCAAGAAGGGGAUACUAUCGAGAUUGACCUGGCAGGACUGUCUCAGCCAUCCUCGCGGAGCUCGCAGGCAUCCAAGAUCUAUGAAGUUGUGGUGCCAGAUGAACUGAAAGCUGGAGAUUUGUUCAUCGCGCAGCUGGAGGGCAAGGAGUAUGAGAUCCCGGUGCCCUACAGUUGUCGGGGUGGUGACAUUAUAGAGGUCGAUGUGUCAGGCUUGUCAGAGCCGCCCUCCAGCGCUUCGCAGGUCCCAGAGAGUCCCUGUGUUGAGGAGCGACCAGACCAUACCUUUGGAGUCGUCAUACCCGCGACGCUGUGCGCUCAUGACUCGUUUACCAUUAUGGUGCACGGCAAGGAGUUCGAAAUCAGUGUUCCGGAGGGCAAGCAAGGUGGAGAUGAAAUUGUGGUUGAAUUUGCAGGCAAACUGAUCCCGGCCGCGGACGAGGAUGCAGAGGAUAUCAGCGCCACACCCACGGAAGGCUCCAUUGCCCCUGGGUCGGAGGCAGCAGAGGGCCAAAUUGCUAGCGAGGCUGCUCCUUUUGAUUCAGGCCGAUGCAACGAGGAGCCAGCAUCAAAGCCAAGUGCUGGAAUUCAGCCGAGUGCUUUGCAAGAAGCUUUGAGAGAAGAACAUCCCGACGUCGAACAUGCCUCUGCACCGCAGGUAGGCGGAAAGGAGAUCCUGGAGCGCAUCCAGCCGGAGCCAAAACCAGAGGUGCGCGAAGAAGAUUGCGGCAAAGUGCGCGAUGCCGCAGUCGAAAACGCCUGCAUGCAGGCAGAGGAGGAGGCAGAGCGGCAUCGCCUUGAGUACCUGGAGCGCCAAUCGAUAGAUGAGGCUGAAAGACUCCGUCGCGAAGAGGAGGAACGUGAAGCUGCGAGAAUAGCUGCAGAGAAGGCGGCUGAGGAGGCAGAGCGGCAACGCAUCGAAGAUCUCAAGCGCCAGGCACUAGAAGAGGCUGAAAGGGCCGCCCGAGAGGAGGCAGCUCGUGAAAACGCGUGCAUGCAGGCAGAGGAGGAGGCCGAGCGGCAGCGCCUGGAGUACCUGAAGCGCCUAGCAAUAGAGGAGGCUGAAAGACUCCGUCGCGAAGAGGAGGAACGUGAAGCUGCGAGAAUAGCUGCAGAGAAGGCGGCUGAGGAGGCAGAGCGGCAACGCAUCGAAGAUCUCAAGCGCCAGGCACUAGAAGAGGCUGAAAGGGCCGCCCGAGAGGAGGAAGCGCGCAUCAAGCGGGAGGAGGCAGAAAUCAAGGGCAAAGUUGUGGUCUCUGUGACUGUGGUAAACGACGAGACAGAAGAGCUGAUGGCCAAGGCCUCGUUAAGGCUUGGUUGCAAAGUUCUCGAACUUGCACAGGUUUGCAUCCGGGAAGCACGGCUGUCGGUGACUCCCGCCAUCUUCACCGAGCCCAAGCCGGAGCCCAGAAUGGUCCGCGGAAAGAUGGAAGUGCGCGAGCGCUUCGUGCUGAACAGCGAAGACACGCUGUUGGAAGCUGGUGUGGAGAACAAUGCCGUCCUCAGAGCCAAGAUCAGUCCCGCAGUCAUCACCGCGUCAAAGGACCGCACAGCUCGCAUUUGGAAUGCAGAGACCGGGAAAUGUGAGCUCAUUCUGGAGGGCCACACCGAAGCAGUCUGCUCGGCUUGUAUUUCGCCAGAUUGCCGCUAUGUGGCGACCUCUUCGGAAGAUGGCUCCUCCAGGCUCUGGUAUGUCGACAGCGGCCGCUGCGCUCGAGUCCUGCUGGACCACAAAGAGGCUGUUUACUUUGCCACUUUUUCGCCCGACAGCAAGCAGGUCGUGACUGCAUCAGAGGACGCCACUGCCAAAAUCUGGGUGGUCAAGUUCAUUGCUCAGGGCCCAACAGGUGUCGUAGCAGGCUUCACAGGUCAAAAGAUUCCUUUCUGGUCUGCCAAGGCCAAAACCGGAGUUUGUGCCUUGCGCCCAGAAACGGGGCAACUGUGGCUGGAGAUCGGUCUUAUGUCGCAGUUCAUCACGCUCGGCAAGGAUCGGACCCUCCUUGGGCAGAAGCCCGUGUACCUGGCCUCCUUUGCAAGUGAUGGCACGACUUUCGUCACGACUAGUGUUUGCCUUGGAAGCGUGGUGAUUCGACUGCCAAGAUUUGCGACCUGGUGUGUGUGCCCGAGUUUUUGGGACCGCGAUGCGAUGUCUGCAGGGGUAGCCUUGCAAGGUACUCGGCGCUUCCUACGCGCCUUCGUGUCCGCAGCCGGAGUCUCACCAGAAAGAUGCUUGGAGAAUGUAGCCUUUACAGGAAUUGUUGAGCUCAAAUUCAGCAGCUGGAAUGUGGACAACCUCCACACUGAAGAACGCGCAGCCGCGGCUGCAGCGGUCUUGGCGUACACCAGCACCAGGCCUCGAAGACAGGCCGUAGAUGGAGAGCUUGUGCAGCGGCUUCGGUCUGCUCGUGUGGUGCCCGUCCUGGUCAUCGAGGAUCCCAGCAAAGCAGCCGCGCUUGCCAAAGCCAUUUAUGACGGUGGUUUUUCCGUUAUUGAGGUCGCCUUCCGAAGUGGUAACGCCGAAGAGGUCUUGCGUGAGAUGGCGGCCGCGGAGCCUCGUGUACACUUAGGAGCUGGCUCAGUCUUGACUACAGACCAAGCAGCUGACGCCCUUGGCUUAUGCGCGCAUGGCUUCAGAGUGGGCUUCUUCUCAUGCAAUGCUUCGCAGCCACUUUCGCUCAAAUCGGUUCGUGUCCUUCUGAAAACAGUGAAGUCCCUGUCAACAAUGAGUGCUCGGGCCAAAGGGCAAGGUGACCUUGAGACCAUCGAGCUUUGCCAUGCAAGCGGAGCAACUGCUCAGGUUUACUUGUGGGGUGCCACGCUUACCAGCUACAAAACCGCAGAUGGCACAGAGCGAAUAUUCGUGUCACCUGGAGCUCUUUUUGACGGCAAGAAGGCCAUACGAGGUGGAGUACCGGUUGUUUUUCCACAAUUUGGCCAACCGGACAAGGCUAUGGCGCAGCACGGAUUCGCGCGAACCAGCUUCUGGUCAGUGGCCUCGAUAGAGGACAGUCCGGAAGCAUCGACAGUGGUGCUCGCACUUGCCGACAACGAGGCCACGAGGUCUGUUUGGAACUUUCCGUUCAACUUGGAGUACGUCGUAAGUCUUUCGGCUGUGUCUUUGAAGAUGACGCUGAGAAUAAAAAACACAGGGGACGUCGCCUUUCCAUUCCAGGCCCUGUUGCACACUUACUUCCGGGUGCCCGAAGUUCAGAAGGUGGCGGUGCGGGGCCUUGGAGGCCGCACGUACCUUGACAAGGUGAAAGGUGGCGAGAAGGCACUAGAAGCCGCAGACGUUGAGCUCCCGUCGUUUACCGACCGUGUCUACAUCGGCGGCAAGGACAUUGUCAGUGGAAACGAUGCCAAGGAUGUAACUAUUGGCCAGCGAGGUGGUGCUGCGAUGUAUGCAGUGUGCAACGAGGGCAGCAUUUCUGGGAAGCCGAUGCCCAUCGAGAUCGUCGUGUGGAAUCCCUACGAGGAGGCUUCGCCAGGUGAUUUACCGCCUCCGGCUUUCAAGGAUUUCGUUUGCGUGGAGCCUGGCCUCAUCGGACGAACGGCGGAUGACCAGAACUGCCCGCAAAAGCAGAAGCAUGCUUAUCACAGAAGAUCAUCCCAAUGUGACCCGAAGGCCGUGAGCUGCGGGGCCAAGUUCAUCGCCACGCCGGGCCUGAACUCUGAGGUGCUGGGCUGGUGCCUUCAAAGGAAGAUCCCGGUGAUCCCAGGUGUGGCAACGCCCUCGGAAGUGCAGGAGGCCAGCAGGAUGGGGCUGUCCCUUCUGAAGUUCUUUCCUGCCGAGGUGAAUGGUGGCACGGAAGGCUUGAAGGCAAUCUCUGCACCGUUUCCUCACAUCAACUUCUACCCGUCUGGGGGGGUUACCGAGAAGAACCUCCAGGCUUACCUUUCGCUGAAGCAGGUUAUCGCUGUCGGCGGCAGCUGGAUGGUACCUCAGGAUGCAAUUUCUGGUGGUGAUCCAGAACUCCUGAAGACCUUGGCCUUGAGCACCCUCCAGGCCCUGCGGGUCCCGAAGGGGCUCGCGCCACAGCGCCGCCCGGCACUGUCGCAGGUGGCCCGAAGCGUUGGCCAAGCAAGCGAUGGCAAGGUUGCAACCGCAUCGAUCGAUCAUACGGCCCGACUCUGGUCAAUUGACACAGGCGAUUGCCUGAUGACGUUCAGCGGACAUGCGGAUCAGGUCAUGUGUGUUUCGUUUUCGCCAGAUGGCGAGUUGCUGGCGACGGCUUCCACGGACAAGACUGCCAAGCUUUGGCUCCAAACUGGACAGUGCAUUGUCACUUGUGUGGGACACUCUGGGCCUGUCUACACGGCUUUCUUCUCCCCUGAUGGGUGUAACCUCCUGACAUCAUCGCAUGAUCGGACCGUGAAGAUUUGGGACACAACGAGUGGUCUCCUGACGGCAACCCUAUCAAAGUUCGAGCGCAGCAUUCACAGCGCUGUGUACUCACCAGAUGGGCAGCUGAUAGCCACGGCAAUCGAUGACCCCGAAGUCUCCAUCUGGAGUGCGAAGACAUUGGAGCGAGUAAAAGUCUUGUCCGGCCACGACAUGAAGGUCUUCAGCGUGCAGUUUUCCCAUGACGGAAACCUGUUGCUCACGGCGUCAAUGGAUCAGUCGGCCAGGAUUACUGAUGUUCAUACCGGUCAGACCAAACUAGUCAUCACAGGUCAUGAUGAUUGGUUGCGGUGCGCAGCAUUCUCACCUGACAGCCUCAAGGUCGUGACGGCUUCUGGCGAUGGGAUGGCCAAGACCUGGAGUGCCGUCACGGGUCGCCCAUUGCUCUCCCUUGCCGGCCACGAAGACUGGUUGCGUAUGGCUGCUUUCUCUGCUGAUGGACGCUGUGUCGUGACCGCUUCCAAAGACGGCAGUGCGAGGGUGUGGCGGUCGGACAAUGGGAAAUGCCUGAGAAAGUUAGAUGGCCACAAAUCGUGGGUCCGAUGGGCUGCGUUUGCUCCGAACAGACAUCAUCGCUCCGUGCUUAGUUCAAGCAUCGCCGGAUGCUGCAGAGUCUGA